AAUCAUAAAGAACUUGGUUGUCUGUAUCUCAUAACCGGAGUCAUCUUCAGUAUUCUAGGAACUAUAAUGUCUUUGUUUAUUCGAUUUGAGUUAUACAGUUCUGGAUCGCGGAUCAUUUGUACAGAGACGAUAGCUACUUAUAAUGUGAUAAUAACGAUACAUGGCCUAGCUAUGAUCUUUAUGUUCUUAAUGCCUGCUUUGUACGGAGGAUAUGGUAACUUCUUUGUACCAAUAUAUAUUUGGUGGUUCGGAAGUCGUUUUCCCAAGAACUAACGCGAUCUCCUAUUUUCUAGUACCAUUA